AUGACGAUCGACAAAUACAUUGAACGUCAAACCGAUCUCUUUAGGCGCAUCUGUCGCACCCUCGAAAACUUGCGCAAGCUCGGUGAAGCAAAAAUAACCCUCGGGCAAGUGCAAUCGCGAUUAGAUGCGUUAAAUUCAAAUUGGCUGAAGUUCCAAGGCAUGCACGAUACAGUCGAUCAAAUCAGAAUCGCAGCAAAAGGUGAUCAACUUGACGCCAUCAAAAGACUUUCGUAUUUCGCGAAAGACUAUUACGGACAGUGCAAAGAGCAAUACAUGAACGCGAAGGGAGAGAUGCUCGAUGUACUCGAAUCUCUCAAGACUCUAUCGGCACCGAUCGUGCCAACAGCCGCAGCCCCCCAACUCAUAACUGGCGGAGCCUUAAAACGGCUACCACGCAUCGAAUUGCGUACGUUCUCGGGCAAUUACUCAGACUGGAAGUCUUUCCACGACCUCUUCACAUCAAUCGUUCGCAAAAAUUCGCAACUCUCGGAAGUGGAAAAACUGCACUACCUAAAAACAAGUCUUACCGAUAAACCGUCACAACUCAUUAAAAACAUCGCUCUCACCGCAGAAAACUUCCCUCAAACCUGGGAAACUCUCGUAUCGCGGUACGAAAACAAGAGACUUUUGACGGAUUCUCAUCUCGCGACACUUCGCGAUUCCUCGUGUCACGGGAAAAUCGUCAUCGGAACUGAAAAGCUUGCACAGCAACACUUGCGAAGCUCUUGGCACGCUCGAACUUCUCGAUAG